AUGGCGUUAUUCCGGAUUGGACUCGGCGCGCGCCGGUGACGUAGACGCUGCGCCGGAAGUGCGAGCGGCGAGUGCUCCCGAGCUCUGUUAUGGCGGCUACGGUGGCACGCUGGAACCAUGUGUGGGUCGGCACCGACACCGGCAUCCUGAAAGGGGUGAACCUUCAGCGCAAACAGGCGGCGAACUUCACGGCUUCAGGACAGCCGCGGCGCGAGGAGGCAGUGAGCGCUCUGUGCUGGGGCGCGGGCGGCGAGACUCAGAUCCUAGUGGGCUGUGCCGACGGGACAGUGAAGCACUUCAGCACCGAGGAGGGCAGGUUCCAGGGCCAGAGGCACUGCCCUGGAGGGGAGGGCACGUUCCGAGGCCUCGCCCAGGUCGACGGCACCCUCAUCACUUGUGUGGAUUCCGGGAUUCUUCGAGUCUGGCAGGACAAUGACAAGGAGGCAUCCCCUGACCCACUCCUGGAACUCAGGGUGGGCCCUGGGGUGUGUAGGAUGCGCCAAGACCCAGCACGCCCCAACAUAGUUGCCACGGGUGGGAAGGAGAAUGCUUUGAAGGUGUGGGACCUGCAAGGGUCAGAGGAGCCUGUGUUCAGAGCCAAGAAUGUACGGAAUGAUUGGCUCGACCUGCGGGUUCCCAUCUGGGACCAGGACAUACAGUUCCUCCCUGAGUCACAGAAGCUCGUCACCUGUACAGGGUACCACCAGGUCCGUGUCUACGAUCCAGCUUCCCCCCAGCGCAGGCCAGUCCUCGAGGCCACCUAUGGAGAGUACCCACUGACAGCCAUGACCCUCACUCCUGGGGGCAACUCGGUGAUUGUAGGGAACACUCAUGGGCAGCUGGCAGAAAUUGACCUUCGAGCCUCCUGUGGCUUGGACAGAGUCUUGAGGGUACACAGGAUCCGGAAUCCACGGGGCCUGGAGCAUAAGGUUUAUCUCAAAUCUCAACUAAACUGCCUCCUCCUGUCAGGGAGGGAUAACUGGGAGGAUGAACCCCAAGAGCCUCAAGAGCCCAACAAGAUACCUUCAGAAGACACAGAGACAGAUGAACUUUGGGCUUCCUUGGAGGCAGCUGCCAAGCGGAAGUUCCCUGAUUUGGAGCAGACCCAAGACGCUCUCCAAACCAGAUGGAGAAAGAAGAAGCGGCCUGGGUCCACCAACUCCUGAAGAGCUUGUGCUCACUUUAUUUGUAAAUAAACACCAUAAUACGCACCAUGA